AGUGCGACACACUAGCCAACACUAGCAGACCACUUAGGAAAAUUGACGUUGACACACUUGUGAUUGCUUUCGAUGCGAUUGUAUGUACAUCUGAUGUAGAACUAUCGUAAUCUCACAAUUUAUUAUUAAAUUUAUAGCCUUUUUCAUACAGUUUACUGUGCUGAGUGUUUAAGGAAUUUUAAAUUAUUUCUAAUAUGUAAAAUCGGCAAUUUGCAAAUUGUUCUUAAUACAAAUAAAUAUAUUUUAAUUUUAGUGCGAAAGUAUCUUCAUAUCUGGAAUCAUGGCCCUUAGCCAGAAGGCUCACCUUCACGACCCUUACCAAAGAAAAGAUGGCUCUCCACACAAAACCGAUCACACGGAAGAUGACCAAUUUGAAGAUGCAUCGGAAGAGCUAACUACUUUUAGGUGCACUAUGGAUUUGGAAACCGCUUUCGAAGAUUGCGAAGUGGCUGUAAGGAAGUUUUUUAACAACGAUUUGGUUGGAGCAAUGGAAAUAAUGAAGCCAUGGGAUCGGACAUCGCUGUACCACAGUCUGGGCACAUCAAUAUUUGAAUUCAUACCAGCGAUGUUAACAUUCGACCACAAUCAGAUUAGUCGAACUCUGACGUCACUCAAAAUGUGCAUCUCCCUGUGCAACAAGUACAGGCGAAACUAUACACUUGUUGAGAGUAUUGGAACUAUCAUCAAAAAGCCAAAUUAUAGCACUUACACGGAUUUGGAAGCGCACGCAGAGCUCUGCUACGCUGAGGCAUUACUUCUUCAAGCUGCCAUGACAAUACUCGAGGGAGAGGAUCUCACCGGCCUCAUCAAAGGCACCAUCAAAGUCAAGAACUGCUACAACAGUUACAAGGACUGCGCUAAAAUAUUGGAGAAGAAGCAAUGGGAAAACCAUGUUUCUAAAAUACAGUUCCAGAGUGGGGUGCGUCUUGGCAUAGCCACCUUCAACCUUAUGAUCUCUCUUUUGCCACCUAAAAUCAUCAGUCUCUUGGAGUUCGUUGGAUUUUCCGGAAAUAAGACCCUGGGCUUGCAAGAGUUGGAAGCAGGAUCCCGCGCGCCGGGCAUGCGCAGUGUGCUAUGCGACCUGACGCUGCUGGGCUACCACCUCGUCAUAUGCCACUUCAUUGGCGCAUUCGGCAACAUGAAAGUCUGUGAGGAAAUCCUUAAAAAGGAACUUAAGAUUUAUCCGGACAGUGUGUGGUUCCUGGUGUUUAAGGGGCGGUUACAACUACACCAGGGCUUGUUCGAUCAGGCGAUAAAGACUUACAACCGCGCCAUCAUCAGCCAAGACACGUGGAAGCAGUUCCGCCACGUGUGCUAUUGGGAGAUUAUGUGGAUCAACGGUUUAAACAUGGAAUGGCGCGAAGCGGCUUCAUAUGCCAAUAAGCUGAUAGAGGAGAGCACAUGGUCCAAGACGAUAUACUCGUACACCCGCGCGGCGAUGCUGCUCCAGCUCGGCGGCAACCUCACCAGCGCCGAGAAACAACAAUGCAACGAGCUGUUAAGGAAUGCGUCGUACUACAAGCAACGCAUCGCUGGAAAGUCAUUGCCGAUGGAGAAGUUCGUGAUUAAGCGAUGCGCGCGGUACCAUGCGCAGGGACGGCUGCUGUUACCCGCCAUCGAGCUGCUCUGUCUGUGGAACAUGUUCCAGAUCUUAGCUAAGAACGAGAGGGGAGCGCAGAGCGUGCUAAAGCUGAUCGAGUACACGCGCGAGCAGGUGGAGCGCGGCGCGCAGGGCUGGGCGGGGUACGAGGCGGACAACCGCGCGCUGGUGCGGUACCUGCACGGGUGCUGGCUCGCCGCCAUGGGGCUGCCGCGCCUCGCGCUCGACUCCCUCGACUCCGUGUUCCAAUUGAAGAACGAAAUAAAGGAAGAUACAUUCCUGUUGCCUUACUCCGUAGCUGAAAUGGCGAUGUGCCAUUACCAUCUCGGGGACAAGGAGCGGGCCAUCCAGCUGCUGCACGAUGCUAGGAAAAGGUUCUCUGGAUAUUCACUAGAGUCACGGCUGCAUUUCCGCAUGCACUCGAAGAUGCAGAUCGUCAAGGGCUCCGACAACGUUGCCUCUGAUCCAAUGCCAUCAAAUUCAAAGCAAGCGGAUACCAAGGAAUCUCAUAGCAAGCCAUCAGAUUCAAAGCAGCCAGGCACCAAGGAAUCCCACAGCAACGCACCGGAUACCAACCAGGCAAAAGCAAAAGUAACCGAUUGCAAGCAAGUUACGGCGUUGUAAUUUGUUAGAUUAUUUAAAGAGGAAAAAUCAUUUAUUGAAGGAAUCAUGAUGUUUACAAUGUCAUUUUCGACUUACAUAACAGCCUCAGCGCAUAACGGUGCCGUAUUUAGACGUCACGCACUUUAUGACGUCAUUUAAUAUAAACAUGGCGACACACAUUGUAGGUGCGCUGGUCAACAGGUUUAUGCGAGGCGUAUGUAAUGUUUUAGUUCCUGACAGUGUACCGUUCUUUCAUGGCGAGAACACUGAACAGUAUAUAUACAUUGUCAGUAGUUCGAUCUGAAAACAUAUUUUAUUCCAUAAUGUUGGAACACAGGCACGGACGCAGUAUAAUUAGUAGUCUUUUUAUUGUGCCGUUCGAUAUAUAAUAUAAUGCCGAUAUGUGGGUAAUUAAAAUGAGUAUAAAUGUAAUUUACAAAAUCCAGUUUGAUAAGUAUUAUAUAAAUGUGAUGUUAUAGUUGAAAAUAGUUAAUUGUCUUCGGCGAGUGUGUUGCGGACUGGUAUACCUAUCGAUAAUGACCUCCUACAUGUUGAUCUAUUUUAAAACACGAUCCAAAUAUCGCAUUAUAAUAUGUGCGGCUUAACUUUGUGACUUAUUAGUCAUAAAAAUGAAAAUUCAUCAUUUAAUUUUGUUUAAGUACUAAAGUGGUUAAAAAGCCUAUUAUAAGAAACGUAUGCAGGUAUAGUAGGAAAUACAUAUAGUAUAUUAUAUAUAAAUAUUUUUUUUUGUAUAUGUACGUACUUUUAUAAUAGUGGAGUGGUACGUUGGCUGUAAUAAAGAAAUCAUGAACUAGAACAUACAUAAAGGGUUCAUUAAAUAAAAUUAAUGCUUGGAAGGGCUACAAUAAGUCGUUGAGUAGCAUUAAUCAUGAAUCAAACCACUCACGCAUUUAUUUCCAAAUUUCUAUUUUUUUAUACAUAGUAUUUGAUAUUCUUUUUUUAAUACGCAAAUAGGCUCUAAUAUUAUUAUAGCAUCCCUGUUCCCUGUGUGUAGAUCUUGUCGUUUUCUCUGGAGAUUUACAAUCACGUAAUAGUUAACAUGUGUUCUUUAAUAUUACAAUUGUACCUAUAAUAGAUCAGAUACUCAACAUUUUUAUGCUGUAUGCCUGUAUUGAAGUAGUAAUAAAUGAAAGCGAUAGUGUAAAUGAAUCUUAGGAAAAAUGGAAAUCUCAUAUUUAAAUAACGUCUUUUAUGUAUUUUUAAAAAACAUGUUACGAUGCGUAGUUUUCUUACUCAAAUAAAAAUUUAAUAUCUGCUAAGUAUAAAUUAUAAUUCCACAGCCUCAGGCCUGUGUGGUGUAGAAUCUGUUUCUAACCGAGCAUGCGAUUGUAUGGAUUUUAUAAUAAACAGUGUAUUACAUAUUAUUUAAGUUUUAAACAAAUGAAAAACAACAGUAUUGUAAGAGUAUUUUUUACAAGAGGUAUAUAUUUCCGACUUAAUAUUUGAUAUUAUAUCAUAAACUAAGUUUUUACACAUAAAUACAAUUACAUUUGGAAUAAGUGAUACACUAAUUAUAAUUUAAAAUAUAUUUUUUAUAAAUAUUUCCUAUUUUAAACUAGCAGUUGUGUGUCGCCGUGCGCCACCGGUCAUGGUGUGGACUGAUGUUCAUGACAACCCACAAAACAUGAUAGGGUGUUCAGUGACUAGUCACGCCACGAUUUUAAUCUGAACUAACUGUUAUGGCGGAUUUUUACACUUUCUACGGUGGCCACCAUCUUCUCAUAUAUAAUGAAUACUUGGUACCCUCCGAGCAUCCUUACAAAACCGAGGAAAUCACGACACGUAUGUUUUAAAUAUUAGUGCUUAAUUAUUACUUAACGGCGUUAAAGAUGAAAAAAAAAGUAAUCAACAUGAACCUUAUUUUUGUUAUAAAAUUUAAAAUAAGAUUAUUUCGUUUAUUGUAUCUAAUCCACAUUAAAAACGCGUGUCACUAAAUUGUGAAGACGUCAACAACUACAUAAAGACGUGCAACUAAUAUUUUUCUAUCAACAUGUAAAUAUUAGAAUUUUUUAAAAAUAUUCCUAUACUGCUAACGAAAUACCACGAAAAUAUAUCAUAGUAAAACUAUGUGCCAAGACGAUUAUUACUUUUCCCUACACAAUAGCAGCCUACAUGGUAGUUUAGAAAAUAAGUCGACGUUUUAGUUUAUGGAAUAUAAUCUUGUUAUUGAACAUUUUGCGACAUUUAAUUAAUAUUAUUACUAUUAUUGUGGGCUAUAUAAUAAUUUAAAAUGUGAGAUAAAUAAACGACAUAGUAUACCUAAAUAUGUUAAGUGAUCAAGAAGAAAAUUCUGUGUAUUUAUUUUGAGUUGUGAUGGUUUUUUAAUUAAGUUAUUUUUUACGCUUUGUCAUAUAUUUUCCCAGAAUGGUAAAUAAAUUCAGAUAAAACAUUAAUUAUCGAUUUUCGUGCAAGUAUUACUGUGUAGUGUCUAUGAUUGCGUCCGCUAAUAGAUAUUUCUCUUCAAUGUUUUAUUUACCAUUUCAGGGUAAUAGUAAAUUGUUUGCUUGGCAGGCGGGUAAAUUUUAUGGUGAUUUGAAAAAAAAGUUAUUCAUAAUAUAUCACUUAUUUAAAUAAUAGGACAUGUAGAAAAGUUUCCAUUUUUGUAUGGUAUUUUUCUAUAGAGGUGUAGGCACAAUCGAUUAUUAUUAUUUCCGUUUAUUAACUCUAAAGGUAUUCGCAACAUUUAAACGAAUUCUAUCUUUACGAAUACAGCUUAAUAGGUACAUGUGUAAUGUGUAUAUUAUAGUAGCAGAUCGUUCGUAAAAAUAUAGUAAAGUUUAAUGUGCUUGUUUUUAACUCCAUUAAGUACUUAUUGAUGGAUUAAGAUCGUUCAGUCAUUUUCAGCUAUUCAUACGCAUGUAAUAACAAUCCACAUAAAAAUAAAUUCACCCGAGUUCUGCAAUGUGAAUUAGCAAAGUUUCAUUUCUAUUAUGAGGACAAAGCAACAAAACUAAAAAUUAAUGCUUAUACGAUUUCAUCUACGCUCGUAAACAAUUUCAGGUGCCUAAUUAUAUAUUAUGAAUCAAUGUGUUAUUCAUUUCAUUUUUUUAAAUUAUUUUUAUUGGAAAUUUAAUAUAUAAGUAAUUAAAAUAUAGUUAAAUUUACAUAGAUUUUGUACUUAUCUAUACUACUUUUAUAUUGAUGUGUUAUUGAGAGCUCAAAACAUCUGAAUUUUUAGACAAAUUACCUGUUGCCGACAUAUUAACCCAAUGGUCCACCUACAUCUCCACUGCGCACGAAACGCAACAAAAUUAGCAUACCCAAGAGUUACUUAUAUUCUUGGAAGUAAUUUUGUCGAACCGGACCUCUAAUAUGCACUUUAAAUAAUCGUUAAUAAUGUUUUUAAUAUUUUUUUAUACGCUCGAUCUCAACUUCAAUGAAACUGCAUAUCCAAUGCUUCCACAUAGUAAAAACGGCUGUACUUUAUUAUUAUUCAAUUUGUCAUGUGUACAGUGGUACAACUUCUGUCAUUUCUGUAACAGUGAGAUCUGAAUAUCAUCAAGAGAUAAGUUGCCAGCAAGUCCCAGGAGUAUGUGCAUUUAUAGUGUUUUUAUUGUUUUCUCGCUUUAUAAAAUACUCCUACUUAUGUGAAAUGAUCUGGUAAAUGUCCAUUGUCUGCUACUUACAUGUAAGGAUGAUAAUUGUAAAAGUAAACUCUAUGUAAUACGUCGAUGUAAUAGUGUUGUGGUUAAUGUUUUUUGUAAAUCCAAUUCUCUCAGUCUAGGUAUAUGAGUACUGGGUGCCAUCAUACAUAUCAUCUCGAUACCUGAAUCCACAAAUUUUGUUUAUUAAAUAGAUCUUAUUUGUUCAGUAAGUGUAAUAAUUAUUAAGUGUUAACUGUUGUGAUAUAUUAAGCUGAAAAUAUUUAAUGGCAACUGAUAAUUUAAGUCUGUAUGAGUUUUAUUAGUUUUUAUUUAAUUUUAUUUGUGUAUCAUAGUAAUAGAACGCGAGUUUGUCUGCCUUUAAAAUCAUUGAUAAAAUCUUGAACAACUUUAAAGUACAGUACGUAGGGUGAGUGCCAAGUACUAAGAUACCAUUUGGAUUGUCAAAUUUAAGUACUAAAAAAUUGUAGGUAUUCAUUAUAAAUUUAUAUGAAAUUGUUUAAGAAAAUCGUAUAUUUGUUUGCAGAUAUCCCCUCCCUGAAUUGUGUUUGUGUAUUGGAAUAUAAAAAAAUCGAAUAUUCAAAUUAAGUGCGUCUGAAAAGUAACAGGUUUAGGCCAUUCCGAAGUGCGUGUUAUUUACUUAUUUAUUACUUUCUAUAGAGUAUAUUAAUAUAUAUUCAUAUAUUAAUAUGAGUACCUAAU